GUUCUGGCUGCUUGGGGAAUGAUCCAGCAGACGUGCUUGGGGACUAGAGAGCAACAGACGUAUACGUAAUAAAGCGUACAUAAUAAAACUUAUUACAUGGUGUCAGAAGUGUAAGAACUCUCGGAACCUAAAAGAAAACGGGAAAGUAUCGUCCAAUAUCCGGUAAAUCGUGGAUUUAUUUUCGUUUGCCAGCAGAACAAACGCAUAUUAAAGUCGCAUAUUGCGUGUACCAAGAGAAGAAAAGAAGCAGCAAGAUGGCGGCAAAUUCAGCAGACCGCUUACCAAGAGCGCAGGAUUUCUCAGAUUUGGCAAAAGAAUGGCCAAAAUGGAAGCAGCAGUUUCACAUCUUUAUGAUUGCGAAUAACAAAAUCAACGAGGACGAGCGGAACAAGAUCGCGAUCUUUUUAUGGCUAGUUGGUGAUCAUGGAGUUGAAAUAUACAACACAUUAUUUCCCAGCAACGGAGACAUGAAGGCAAUGUUGGGUGAAAUUGUCGAAAACAAAACAAAAAAAGAUGAUAAGGGAGAUGCUGCUAAAAAAGAAGAAAUAGGCAGAACAUUGGAUGACGUCAUUACUGCUUUUGAUUCUUACUGUCUUCCAAGAAAAAAUUUGGCCAUCGAAGCGUUCAAAUUCAACCUCAUAGAGCAGAAAGAAAAUCAACCCUUUGCAGAGUUUGAAACGGCACUACGAAAACAAAUGGCAUUUUGCGAAUUUGAGUGUGCAAAUUGUCACGCAUCCUAUGCUGACCGAAUGCUUCGUGAUCGUAUUAUAGUCGGCAUCCAGAAUAAAACGUUGCAGCUAAAAUUGUUGGAUGCAAAAGACGAGCCGCUUAAAAACGUCGUAGAAAUGUGUAAAACGUAUGAGGCUCCAUCAAAACACAAGCAGCUAAUUCAGACCAACGAUGUACAUCACCUCAAUAGUGUAGAAAAAGAUGCUGGAAAUUGGAAAAUAGACACAAUUCAGCGUAGUGAACUUCAUAAGGCAAGCUGCUAUAACUGUGGACAACCUUUUAACGGGAGUCAUCGUCGUUAUUGUCCUGCAAAGAAUGUGACCUGUAACAAUUGCGGAAAGCGGGGACAUUUCAUGAAAUUCUGCAAAGCUCCGAAGAUCAACAGCAACAGUGACAUCUCACGGGAACCGGUACGAACAACGCAUGAAGUGAAGCAAAGGAACGACAAAGAUGUAAACAUGAUCGCGUGGGCUGAUUCAGAGUAAACUGUAACGUAGCAACAGUGGGUUCCAAUUACAAAUGGACUAAACGAUACCUAAUUCAGGACUGGCCAGUGGAAUUUAAGCUUGAUACCGGUGCAGAUGUCAAUUGCAUUCCUGUUAGCGUGUUUACCCGUAUGAACUUACCGUUGUCCAAAGAGCGUACAUUUAAUGUUGUGGAUUAUAAUAAUAAUCGUAUACAAAUACACGGUCAGAUUCGUCUUACUUGUGUUGACGAAGAAACCAAAAACGCAUUAUCAGCUAAUUUCUUUGUUGUAGAUGACAAUCUUCAAUCAAUAUUGGGAUUACAAACAUGUAUAGCAUUUGGAUUGCUGAAACGCUUGAAUAGUAUAGAAUCAUCUCAGUCUUUUCCAUCAGACAGGAAAACGUUCAUUGAUUCAAAUGCAGAUCUUUUUGAAGGCCUGGGAAACCUUCCAGGGGAAUGCACUAUAGCGCUUAAAGAAAACUCCACUCCCUCCUUGCACUACAAAAAGCGCAUACCAAUUAGCCUGCACUCUCGUUUAAAAGAUGAGCUUAAACAUAUGGAAUCUUUAGGGAUUGUAAGUUCGGUUGCAUACCCUACAGAUUGGGUAAACAAUAUGCAAAUUGUCGAAAAACCUAAUGGUGCUUUACGUAUUUGUCUAGAUCCGAAACCAUUGAAUGAAUGUAUCAAAAGGGAACAUUUUCUUAUCCCAAAGUCAGAAGAUCUUCUAAGUCGUAUGACAGGAAAAAAAAUAUUUACCGUAUUAGAUCUUAAAAAUGGGAUUUGGCAGUUGAAGCUAGAUAGAAAAAGUUCGGAUCUAACCACGUUUAUGACACCGUAUGGUAGAUUCCGUUGAAAUCGUGUGCCGUUUGGAAUAAGUAAUGCACCAGAAAUGUUCCAACAAAGUAUGGUAAAAAUAUUUGGGGAUAUUCCUGGAGUUGAAGUAUAUUUUGAUGAUCUGGCCAUUACUGGAAAGGAUUUUGAGGAACAUGACAAAACUCUAUCAAUUGUUCUUGAAAGAGCUAGACAAAAUAUCAUAAAAUUUAACUCUAGCAAAACCCAAUACAGAACUGAUGAGAUCAAGUUCAUGGGUCACAUAUUAUCUGAUGGUAAAAUAAGACCAGAUCAAUCUUACAUAAAUGCAAUUGUUGAUAUGCCCAGACCAAAAAAUAAGUCAGAGGUGCUUCGUCUUCUGGGAUUGCUAAAAUAUCUAGGUAAAUUUAUCCCAAAUCUAUCCAAACGAACCGCCUUACUGCGACAACUGUCUCGCAAUGAUGUUGAAUGGUGCACAAAACAAACACAAAACACAAAAUUGCACGUAGUAACAAAGAAAUCUGUUCUAUUUGCUAAGCUUUGUGUGCGGAAACCAAUGGUAAACGGUUUUAAAAUGACGUAAAGUCCCUCAACUAUGGCGACCCCCCAAAGGCCCUAAUCCACCACCUGAUAUAAUUAAUCCACCUUG